AAGGGCAAAGCCACCACCAGUCCACCACUGAACUUCCCUCCCUCACACGCAAAGUAGAGUCAGAGAGAGCUUCAACGCCUCUCUCCUCGCCGUACAAGUCUGCCAAGGAGAAGCUCUUAUUUUUACAAAAUUUUGAUAUCUGUGAAAUCUCUCCCGAAGUGAUCGCGUCAGAGAGAUCGGAAGUGGGGUUUUCCUCGGUUCUCUGGAGAAUCAAUCGCCGAUUUGUUCUUGAUUGGCCCCCCAAAAAAAAAGAAAGAAUAUCGGAGAAUCUGAUUCUCCAACACUUGAAAUCAAACUUGUUGGGUUUCUUCUCUAAUUCGUUAGCCGUAAGAUGUUCUGCGAUUGCUUCUAUUGGAACCAAGGAAUAUCCGAGUUGGAAUCGGAAUCGUCCGAGUCAAAGCCCUUCUUGCUUCCGUCUCCUCUUCCUCGAUGGCCACAAGGCACAGGUUUUGCUACCGGAAGGAUAAAUCUCGGAGAAAUCGAAGUGGUGAAAGUCACCGAGUUCGAUAGAGUUUGGAAAUGCGGCACGUCGUCGUCGCGUGGCAAAUCGAAAUGUGCCUCUUUCUACAAACCUGUGGGGAUACCAGAAGGUUUCCAUUGCCUUGGUCAUUACUGUCAGCCAAAUAAUCAGCCAUUGAGAGGCUUUGUUCUUGCAGCUCGAGCUAACGAUCCCGAUCAUGAUCAUCAUCGCCAUCCGCUGAAAAAACCCUUGAAGUAUACUUUAGUUUGGAGCUCAGAUUCAGAUUGCUACUUCUGGUUGCCUGAUCCUCCACCUGGUUACAGAGCCGUGGGAGUGAUUGUCACAGACGAAGCAGAGGAGCCUGAGGUUGAAGAAGUGAGAUGUGUAAGAGAGGAUCUCACAGAGAGUUGUGAAACCAGGGAGAUGAUUCUUGGCCUUGGAUCUUUUAACGUUUGGAGCACUGAACCGUGCGAGAGAGGGAUUUGGUCUCGAGGCGUGGUGGUUGGCUCAUUCUUUUGCUCCACCAAUGCUAACAGAGCAGCCAUGAGCAUUGCUUGCUUGAAAAAUCUUGAUCCGAGCCUGCAUGGGAUGCCGAAUCUUGACCAGGUCCAUGCGCUUAUUCAGCAUUAUGGACCGACGGUUUACUUCCACCCGGAAGAGACUUACAUGCCUUCCUCCGUGCCAUGGUUCUUCAAAAACGGAGCUUUGUUGUACCGGUUUGGGAAAUCUCAAGGCGAACCGGUUAACUCGGCUGGCUCGAACUUGCCUGCGGGUGGAGAAAACGAUGGGAACUUCUGGAUUGAUCUCCCUCAAGACGACGAGGAAGCUAGAAGUAACCUGAAGAAGGGAAACCUAGAAAGCUCAGAGCUUUACGUCCACGUGAAGCCUGCGCUUGGAGGGAUCUUCACUGACGUUGUGAUGUGGAUUUUCUGUCCCUUUAAUGGCCCUGCAACGCUCAAAAUCGGGCUCCUCACAGUACCCAUGAACCGCAUUGGAGAGCAUGUUGGUGACUGGGAACAUUUCACCUUCCGGAUAAGCAAUUUUGACGGCGAGCUUACACAGAUGUUCUUCUCACAGCACAGUGGUGGAGGAUGGGUUGAUGCGUCGGAUCUUGAGUUUGUCAAAGGAAGCAACAAACCGGUUGUGUACUCGUCUAAACACGGGCAUGCGAGUUUUCCUCACCCUGGAUUGUAUCUUCAAGGCUCGUCGAAGCUAGGGAUUGGAGUGAGAAACGAUGUUGGGAAAAGCAAGUUUGCGGUGGAUUCUAGUCAAAGGUAUAGAGUUGUAGCGGCUGAGUAUUUAGGGGAAGGAGCGGUUUCAGAGCCGUGCUGGCUUCAAUACAUGAGAGAGUGGGGACCAACUAUAGUCUACGAUUCUGCAGCUGAGAUUGAUAAGAUCAUUAAUCUUCUUCCUUUAAUUGUGAGGUACUCUUUUGAGAAUCUGUUUCCUAUUGCGCUUUACGGAGAGGAAGGUCCUACGGGGCCAAAGGAGAAGGAUAAUUGGGAGGGAGAUGAAAUGUGUGUGAAAGCUUCUCGCUGAGCUAUAAAUGAAGAAGUAUUUUUCGUACAUGUUAAACACAGCUCCUCUGUUUCAUUGAUGAUAAGUGUCUGUGUAAUAUAGUGUGUAGAUAUGAUGUAAAGUCUUGUUUGGAAUUGCUGAUUCCUCAGUGAUCAAAGUUGUCAUGUUCAACCAUUUUUUUCUAUAAAUUCUUUAAUGCAUAAAGAGUUCUAACU